AUGGAAAAUGUAAAAGUAAAAAAAGAACAAACUGAAGUAUCUCAGAAAAAAAAAGUUGUCAAGAAGGUUUUAAAGAAAAAUAAAAAAACUUCUAACAAAAAACUCCAAGCUGUUCGAUUAUAUGAAAAGGGAGUUAUAUUAGGAUACAAAAGAUCUCAAAGAAAUCAAGAUCCCAACUUUACAUUAAUAUCCAUUAAAAAUGUGAACACGAAAAAACACGCACAAUUCUAUGUAGGAAAAAGAGUUGCUUAUGUUUAUAGAACAACUAAACAUCAUGAUGGAGUUAAAAUAAAAUGUAUAUGGGGAAAGGUAUGUAGGACUCAUGGUAAUAGUGGUGUUGUAAGAGCAAAAUUUAAAACUCAUAUCCCACCUAAGGCUUUCGGUGAUAGAGUUAGAAUACUUAUGUAUCCAUCAAAUAUUUAA